GGGCCCUUUGUCUCAGCAGGCGGCAGAUUGGAACAAGUAUGAUGACCGAUUGAUGAAAGCAGCAGAAAGAGGAGAUGUAGAAAAGGUGUCCUCAAUCCUGGCUAGAAAGGGCGUCAGUCCGGGCAAACUAGACGUGGAAGGCAGGUCUGCCUUUCAUGUUGUGGCCUCAAAGGGAAAUCUCGAGUGUCUGAAUGCCAUCCUCAUUCAUGGAGUUGACAUCACAACCAGCGACACCGCAGGGAGGAACGCGCUCCACCUGGCUGCAAAGUACGGGCACGCGUUGUGUCUGCAGAAACUUCUGCAGUACAAUUGCCCCACUGAACACGUCGACCUGCAAGGAAGAACCGCGCUUCAUGACGCAGCUAUGGCGGACUGCCCUUCCAGCAUACAGCUGCUGUGUGACCACGGGGCCUCGGUGCAUGCCAAAGACGUGGAUGGGCGGACACCACUUGUUCUGGCUACUCAGAUGUGUAGGCCAGCCAUAUGUCAGCUGCUGAUCGACAGAGGGGCGGAUGUGAAUUCCAGAGACAAACAGAACAGGACCGCUCUCAUGCUAGGUUGCGAGUAUGGUUGCAAAGACGCCGUCGAAGUCCUACUUAAAAAUGGUGCUGAUGUAACCUUGCUGGAUGCCCUUGGCCACGACAGUUCUUACUACGCAAGAAUUGGGGACAACCUGGACAUCCUAACCUUACUGAAGACUGCAUCGGAAAAUACCAGCAGAGGGAGAGAACUUUGGAAGAAAGGACCAUCUUUACAACAGCGAAAUUUGGCGCAGAUGGUAGGUGAAGUAAACGUCAGGUCAAGUCAGAGGGAGCACCAAAACCUCCAGGUAAAAAGAAGAAAGAGGUUACUGUCUCCCUCUGCACAGAGUUCCUGUGCUGUCGCCGUGGGGCUCGGGGAGGAAAGGGUGCCGACACGCCGGGAAGAGGGUCGGGGCAGGAGGGGCAGCGGGAGGGCUGGUGGCUCUGCUGGGCUCUGCCUUCUGGCCCGGCCGCUUCUGAAAGGCUUAGCCUUCGGUGUGAACGUUUGGGUCAGUAUUACCUUACAGGAAGUGUUUGAAGUCAUGGUUGCUGAUGAUCUGGAAAGUGAGAAAGAAAAGCUGAAGUCCCUUUUGGCAGCUAAAGAAAAGCAGCACGAAGACAGCCUACGAACGAUUGAGGCUCUGAGAAGCAGAUUCAAGCAUUUUGAGAGCGAUCAUUUAGGAUCAGGAAGUCACUUCAGUAACCGAAAAGAAGAUACGCUUCUUAAACAAGGUCAAGUGUACGUGACAGACUCACAGUGUGCCUCCCCAGGCGUGCCAGUCCACAUGCAGAGCAGGUCUAUGUUAAGACCCCUGGAGCUCUCCUUGCCCAAUCAAACCUCAUACUCAGAAAGUGAAAUUUUAAAAAAAGAGUUGGAAGCAAUGAGAACUUUCUGUGAUUCAGCCAAACAGGACCGACUCAAGCUUCAAAACGAACUGGCUCACAAGGUGGCAGAGUGCAAAGCCUUGGCGCUGGAGUGUGAGAGGGUCAAGGAGGACUCAGAUGAGCAGAUAAAGCAGCUGGAAGACGCCUUGAAAGACGUGCAGAGGAGAAUGUAUGAGUCGGAAGGCAAAGUGAAGCAAAUGCAGACGCAUUUUCUCGCCCUGAAGGAGCACCUCACAAGUGAAGCAGCGGCCGGGAACCACAGGCUCACGGAGGAGCUGAAGGACCAGCUGAAGGACAUGAGAGCGAAAUACGAAGGCGCGACUGCAGAGGUGGGCAGAUUGAGAGAGCAGGUCAGACAGAGCGAGGCGCUCGUCGAGGGCUUUAGGAGGGAUGAAGGCAGGCUGGCAGGUGAGAGCAGGCGGCUGCAGGAGGAGGUGAGCAGGUGCCACGCGGAGCGGGAGCAGCGCGGGAGGGAGGCUGCCGAGCUGGAGGGCCGGCUCAGGGAGCUGUCGGCCCAGCUGGCCCUGGCCAUCCCUGCCGAGAAGUUUGAAAGCAUGAAGAGCCUGUUGUCAAGUGAAGUGAGCGAGAAGGCGAAAAAACUAGCGGAGGUGGAAAGAGAGUACGAAAGAUCGCUCAGCGAAAUCCGACAGUUAAAGAGAGAGCUUGAGAGCUUGCGGGCCAGACUGGCCCAGCAUGUCCAGGUGGAGGCGCACGGGCCGCUCAGGGGCAGGCUGGAGCAGAAUCCAGCAGAACUCGGGAGGAAGGCCGCUGAGUUAACAUCAAAAAAUCAGACGUUACAGAAGGAAAUUGAAAAGCUUUGUCUGGAUAAUAAGCUCCUCACCCAGCAGGUGCACAGCCUGACAGCGGAAGUGAAAGAUCAUUACGUUCCUUUAAAAGUAAGUGAAGAGAUGAAAAAGUCACAUGAUGCACUUGUUGGUGAUUUGAAUAAAAAGCUUUCAGAUGUGACACAGAAAUACACAGAAAAGAAGUUGGAAAUGGAGAAACUGCUGAUGGAAAACGCCAGUUUAAGUAAGAAUGUUAGCCGCCUGGAAACUGCGUUUGUGCCUCCCGAGAAACACGAAAAAGAGAUCAUGGCUCUGAAAUCCACUAUUGUUGAACUUAAGAAACAGCUGUCUGAACUUAAUAAAAAAUGUGGUGAAGACAAAGAGAAAAUACGUUCGCUCAUUUCCGAGAACACUAACUUGAAACAGACCGUGAGCCGUCAGCACGUGCCAGUGGAAACCCACGAAGAGGUUAAAACCGCGCUGAGUAGCACAUUGGACAAAACCAACCGAGAAUUAGCAGACACAAAGAAGAAAUGUGAAGAUAUAAAUCAGGGAUUUGUGAAAAUAAAAGAGGAGAACGAAGAAUUAAAAAGAAACCUGGAGAACACUCAGAACCAAAUAAAAGCAGAGUACAUCAGCCUGAAGGAGCACGAGGAACAGAUGAGCGCCGUGAGGAAGAGCAUGCAGAAGGCGCAGGACCGCGGCGCUGAAGCGCUGGCCAGCUACCAGCGGGGCCAGGAGGAGAUCGCCACGCUGCACGCCGAGAUCGCGGCCCAGAGACGGGAGCUCGACACCAUCCAGGAGUGCAUCAAGCUGAAAUACACCCCAAUUACCAGCCUUGAAGAGUGUGAGAGGAAGUUCAAAGCCACAGAGAAAGAACUAAAAGAACAGCUGUCGGCGCAGACGCAGAAGCGGGACGCCAGCGAGGCAGAGGCCACGGAGCGCAAGCGGGAGAACGAGCAGUUGAAGACCGAGCUCCGCGCUCUGCAGAAGGACGUGCGGGAUAGGAGCGCUGCUGCCGAGAAGGCCCAGCAGGCGGAGAGGGCGCUGAGCAGGCGAACAGAGGAGCUGAACAGGCAGGUGAGCGACCUGCUGCAGAAGUGCGCAGAGGCAGAGAGCGAGAAGGAGAAGCUGGUGGAGAACGCCAAGCAGACUUCGGAGAUCCUCGCUGCACAAACUCGUCUGCAGAAACAGCACGUCCCGCUGGAACAGGUUGAAGCCCUGAAGAAAUCUCUUAAUGGCACCAUCGAGGCGCUCCGGGAGGAGCUGAGGGCUAAGCAGAGGUGCUACGAGACGGAGCAGCAGGCAGUCGCCCAGCUGCAGCAGAUGCUGGAGAAUCAAAAGAACGCCUCUGUGCCCCUGGCAGAGCACCUGCAGAUGAAGGAGGCAUUUGAGAAGGAAGCUGGGGUCAUCAAAGCCAGCUUGAGGGAGAAGGAAGAAGAAAGCCGGAACAAAACCGAAGAGGUCUCCAAACUCCAGUCUGAGAUUCAGAGCACUAAGCGAGCACUGAGAACAUUGGAGACGAGAGAGGUGGUUGAUCUGUCUAAAUACAAAGCAACGAAAAGUGAUUUGGAGACGCAGGUUUCCAGCUUAAAUGAGAAACUGGCCAACCUGAAUCGCAGGUACGAGGAGGCGUGUGAGGAGGCUCUGCGUGCCAAAAAGAAGGAACGGUCUGCAAAGAGUGACAAGGAGUUGCUCCAUUUCAGCAUCGAGCAAGAAAUCAAGGACCAGCAGGAGCGGUGUGACAAGUCCUUAACAACCAUCACAGAGCUGCAGAGCAGAAUACAGGAGUCCGCCAAGCAGAUCGAGGCCAAAGAUAACAAGAUAACUGAACUGCUUAAUGACGUGGAAAGACUGAAGCAGGCGCUCGGCGGCCUCCCCCAGCUCACCUGCGCGGAUGGGAGCCCCAGUAAGAGGCAGAGUCAGCUGGUCGACUCUCUGCAGCACCAGGUCAAGUGCCUGCAGCAGCAGCUGGCCGAUGCCACCAGACAGCACCAAGAAGUGGUCGCCAUUUAUCGGACUCACCUUCUCAGUGCCGCGCAGGGCCACAUGGACGAAGACGUGCAGGCGGCCUUGCUGCAGAUCAUACAGAUGCGGCAGGGGCUCGUGUGCUAGCGGCGGCGCGGCGGCCGGGGGCGGCCCUCCCUGUGGUGCUGAGCGUCCUGUGUGCAACGCCACGGCCUCUCUGGGCCCCACUGUGCUAGUGUAAUUAAAAUAAAGUCUAUUUUGAUCCAUCAGUA